AUGUCUCGCGACUGCGUCAUCCGUUACGCUUACUGCCCUGGCGCGCACGUUCCUGGAUCUGUGAUCGGACAGGUGGCGAGUGCCUUGGAUAUCCAGUACCGUUCUGAGAUGCCGUUCAGGAAUGAGUAUUUCGACGACAAUCAGCCUUACGUCAAAGGACGUUUCAAGCCUAUUGACAUGUUGCUUUCCCGGGAGGCUUUUGUUCUAGCGGAGGGGGUUAUAGUUGAUACCAUAACCGGAGGUAUUGGUUAUCGAAAUCACAGCGUCCCGAUAGGACUGGAAUAUGGGGGCGAGUGGGACGAGGACAUUCUCUGGAUCGAGCUGGACAUCGCAUGUGCCGACAACAAUUUAUCCCUAAAAAUUACUUUAGGCGACGGAAAACCCGACUUCGUACAAUCUGUGUCUGUCCUUGAUAGGGGAGGAUUUGCCAACCUCCCAGCCGAAAGCCCGUACAAGGGCUGGCCCAAUCUCACCUACUCUGCUCCGGCUGACUGGCAAAUUUGA